AUGGAUCAUAUUAUUAAUAACAAUAACAAUACAACUCCUAAUAACGAGACUACUUCUAACGCCAUUACCUCUACUGUUCCAACAAACGUAUUUUCCACGGUUGAUAGUAAUACCAGUAAAACUGCAAAAUCCAAACAAUCUAGCAACUCUUUAUUUUCCCUAGAAGGGUACAAUAAUUCUAGCUAUUCUAAAUUGGAUUAUCUCAUGAACAACUCAUCUUAUUAUUAUGACAAUGAUGAAAUCGAGAAGGAUCCAUGCUUUCUUCCAAAGGUUAAUAAUACUCUUCACUUUGAAACUAAAGAUAUUCAAAAACCAUCUCCUUUAUCACAUUUAACUUUUAAUUACCCUCAAAAAAUGGAAACAAUUACACCAACAAAUUCAUAUAUUGUUGAUAAUACUACAAAUAUCACAGCCGACAUCCAUAAUAAUAAUAAUAAUAGUAACACAUUAACGCAUCAAAUUCAUGUUCCAAACAAAUUUGUCAUUAUUAUGAUUGGUUUACCUGCAGUUGGCAAAUCGGCCAUAUCUAAACAAUUAGUAGAAUAUAUUUCUCAAAACUUUACCUCUAGCGAUGAUCGUGUACCAUUACGUAUCGAAAUAUUUAAUGCAGGUGAUAUGAGAAGAGCUAUGAGUAAGAAAAGAUUUAAUACAGUCAUGAACUUACCAAAUAAUUCCACUGACGAUAUCUUUAAUCCUAAAAACUCAAAUAAAAAGGAAGAAUUUGCAAAAUUGACUUUAAAUAAAUUAAUAAAUGAGUUAAAUAAUGAUUUUUGUGAUAUAGGCAUAUUUGAUGCUACAAAUUCAACUGUACUAAGAAGAAAUUUCAUUUUUGAAACUUUGUUUGAAUUUAAUAAUCAACAAACAAGCAAUUUUAAUCUAAUUCCAAUCGUUCUACAAGUAACUUCUUCAAAUCCAAAUUUUAUUAAAUUCAAUAUUCAUAAUAAAUCAUUCAAUGAAGAUUAUUUUGAUAAACCAUACCAUCUUGCUGUCAAAGAUUUUGCCUCGAGGUUAAAACAUUAUUAUUCUCAGUUCGUUCCCUUCUCAACAGAUGAAUUUAAUCAUAUUAUUGAAAAGACUCCUGAUUGUAAUUUAUUCUAUUUUAAUAUAAUUGAUGCUGGCUUAAAAUUAAUUCCUGAAAAAGAUCAUUAUAAUUAUUUAUCUAAAGUUCCAACAAAUUCAAACUCACAACGAAUCCAUUUUUUAAUUAACUUAAUCUCUUCGUUUGUGCAAAAUUAUAAUCAAUUAUAUGGCCAUUUAUAUGUCGAGAAAGUUGAUAAUUUCUUCCAAAAUGAACAAGAAAUACAACAACCAAUUGAAUUCCCACAACAUUUCAUUCAACCAGCAAGAGUUGAUAAUAUAAAUUGGGAUAAUUCUAAAAAAUUAAACUAUUUAUCUGUUUUAUCCGAAGUGGUAAACCAUGAUUAUUUAAAGGAUUUAUUUGGUAAUAAAUAA